AGUGACACCUAGCGGUCGGCCAGACAUUGCACUGACGUGGAAGUGACUACAGGCGGCGGCGCCCCACGAACUGCACCCUUCCCUUUGCUGACAAACCAUCACAGAGGGAACAUCUUUGUGCUGCCUGCCGACGAUUGCAGAUUGCCACUAAGCGCAAAUAAGUGUCACCGCCGCUCCGUGAGUUGAGCCAUGAAGGAGACUCCCGAACAAACGGACACGGUGCCUUCGGGCUGCCCGUUCACCGGCUUCGGCUCGUCCAAGUACCAUCCGAUGAACAGGAAGUUCAUGAAGCUGAAGAACUAUCAGAACGGCCAGGAGUUUGUCGACACGCUCUGCAACCAGGCCCAUGAGGACACACCGUGUCAGCCGAAGCACUGCGGGGGCAGUGUGAUGUUCCCUCGCUCUCCGGAGCACCAGGAUCGACCUCGUGGCACUCCUCGCUCCCAGGAGGUGCUCCUGCAGGAGGCCAAGGAGUUUAUCGACGGCUACUACCGUUCCAUGAACAGGCCCCCGAGUGGGUUUCACCAGGCGCGCUGGGAGCAGAUCCAGGCCGAGGUCGCCAAGACGGGCACCUACCAGCUGACCACCCAGGAGCUGACUUACGGCGCCAAGAUGGCCUGGAGGAACGCUUACCGCUGCAUCGGCCGCAUCCAGUGGAACAAGCUCACGCUGUUUGACGCGCGCUCGGUCACCACCGCUGGUCAGAUGUUCGACGCCAUCUGCAACCACAUCAAGUACACCACCAACAAGGGAAACCUCAGAUCGGCCAUCACGGUGUUCCCUCAGCGCACGGACGGCAAGCACGACUACCGCGUGUGGAACAUGCAGCUGGUCUCGUACGCCGGAUACCGCAACGAGGACGGCACCAUCACCGGCGACCCUGCCAACGUCGAGUUCACUGAGGUGUGCCAGAAGCUCGGCUGGAAGAGCCCCAAGGGGCGAUUCGACAUCCUGCCGAUCGUCGUGUCUGCUAGCGGGCAGGACCCGGAGUUCUUCGAUAUACCCGAAGAUGUCAUCCUUCGCAUUCACAUCUCUCACCCCAAGUACCCGUGGUUCAAGGACAUGGGUCUGCAGUGGUACGCGCUGCCGGCGGUCUCCGGCAUGAUGUUCGACUGCGGAGGCAUCGAGUUCUGCGCGUGCCCCUUCAGCGGCUGGUACAUGAGCACCGAGGUGGCGGCGCGUGACCUCUGUGACCCGCAGCGCUACAACAUGCUCGAGCCCAUCGCCAAGAACAUGGGACUGGAUACCUCCAACUACCGAAACCUUUGGAAGGACCAGGCACUGGUGGAGGCUAACCUGGCUGUGCUCCACAGCUACCAGGAGGCGAACGUGACGAUCGUGGACCACCACACGGCGGCCGACUCGUUCAUGAAGUUUAUGGAGAACGAGCAGCGUCUGCGCGGCGGCUGCCCGGCCGACUGGGUGUGGAUCGUGCCGCCCAUGUCCGGAUCGGUCACCCCCGUCUUCCACCAGGAGAUGUCGCGCUACAUCGUCAAGCCGACCUACUCCUACCAGGUGCAAGCAUGGAAGACACACAACUGGAAGAAGCGUGAUGGCAGCGAGGCGGUGCGAAAGCAGCAGCGCAAGUUCCAUUUCAAGGAGAUCGCGGGCGCUGUCCAGUUUGCGUCUCAGCUGUUCGGGGAGGCGUUGUCCCGCCGUGUCAAGGCCACCAUCCUGUACGCCACGGAGACGGGAAAGUCAGAGACGUACGCCAACAUGCUCGGCCAGGUCUUCAGCCACGCCUUCAACGCCCAGGUGAUGUGUAUGGACGACUACGACAUCGUUGACCUGGAGCACGAGGGCCUGCUGCUCGUGGUGACCUCCACAUUCGGAAACGGAGACGCCCCGGAGAACGGAGAGACCUUUUUCAAGGCGCUGCAAAACAUGGCAGAGGAGUACCACCUGAUGAUGUCGUCCACCAACACGCUGGACAGUGUGCCGGACAUCAAGAAACCCUUCAACCCCGCGCAGAGGAUCGUGCCGGUGGGUCAGUUCGCCCGCUCCCAAUCGACUCCCAAGGGCAUGUCGGCCACUGAGCCACUCUCCAAGGCCGUGCAGAACAUGAGCGUGCCGAACACGCCGGACCGCACGGGACAAAACGGCGACUGGCAGCGCUGGCCGUCCGUCUACAGUGAGGCGCCUGCCGGCAGUCUGGCCAACGUCAGGUUCGCCGUGUUCGCGCUGGGCUCGAGCGCCUACCCCAAGUACUGCCAGUUCGGUAAGGAUGUGGACAGCCUGCUGGGCCACCUCUCCGGCGAGAGGAUCGAGCCCGUCGCCUGCGGAGACGAACUCAACGGACAGGAGCAGAGCUUCAAGGAGUGGGCCGCCGACGUCUUCAAGGCCGCGUGCGACGCCUUCUGCCUGGAGAGUGACUCGGUGAUGGCCCGUGCCACGGAGCGUCUCAACUCGGACAAGGCAGCCAGCCCGGACGCAGUGCGUCUGAUGCAGACACACACUGCUGAUGACUUGGUGCCGGGCCUGGGCCGCUGUCACGGCCGUCAGCUGAUCUCCUGCACGGCCAAACACGCGAGAAUGGUGCACGAGAAGGACACCGGCCGCAGCACCAUCAACGUGUCAGUGACUUCUGGUGGCAACCCGUCGAAGCUCAAGUUCAAGCCGGGCGACCACUUGGCGGUAUUCCCGAGAAACCGCCAGGAGAUUGUGAACGCGAUCCGCCGGCGCCUGAUCCGCUGUCCAGAGGGACCUGUCGAGCUCCAGGUCAUGAGGAAGGUCACCACGCCUCUCGGCGUGGACAAGCGCUGGGAGGCGCACCAGCGUCUGCCUCGUACCACUGUCACCGAUAUGCUGACCUGGUACAUGGAUGUCACCACGCCUCCCACACCCAACAUGCUGCGCAUGAUGGCCGCAAUGGCCACCGAUGAGAACGAGCAAACUAAGCUCAAACUGCUUGCCACGAACGGCGAGGCGUACGAGGAGUGGAAGUUCACCAACUGGCCAAACCUGGCCGAGACGCUGGCAGAGUUCCCGUCGAUCGAGGCCGACGGACCGUUCAUCCUCUGCAACCUGCCGCUCAUGCAGGCCAGGGCGUACAGUAUCUCGUCUGCCCCCGAUUACCGCCCGGACGAGGUGCAGCUGACGGUCGCCGUCGUGCAAUACCACACUCGGGGCGGCCAGGGCCCUCUUCACUACGGUGUGUGCUCCAACUACCUCAACGAAAUCGAGGAGGGCGAGCGGAUCAUCUGCUACUUCAGAAACGCUCCGUCGUUCCACAUGCCAGAGAACAAGUCGGACCCGAUCAUGAUGAUCGGACCAGGCACUGGCGUAGCUCCGUUCCGCUCCUUCUGGGAGCAGCGGCACCACGAGAAGAGACGCGCGCCUGAAGGCACCAAGUUCGGCCCGAUGACGCUGUUCUUCGGUGGCCGGAGCCGCGCCAUGGAUCUGUACGCCGAGGAGAAGAAGGGCAUGAUGCAGGACGGGGUGCUUACCAAGUGCCACCUGGCCCUCUCCAGGCAGCCCGGCGUGCCUAAGACGUACGUGCAGGAUCAGCUGAUGGAGCAGCACGAGGACGUGCUGGAGUGCCUGACGAACCCCAACGGCCACAUCUACGUCUGUGGUGACUGCACCAUGGCCCACGACGUCUACCUGACACUGGAGAAGAUGCUUUACACCAAGGCUGGCAUGGAGCCAGAACAGGCUAAACUGUACAUGGAGAAGAUGAGGGAUUCCAACCACUACCACGAGGACAUUUUCGGCAUCACGCUGCGAACUGCCGAGGUCACCGACAAAACCCGGGCGCUCAUCAGCAAGAAGGCCUCGAUGGACAAAGACACGGGCGCCGACCGUCUUCCCAAGUAUCGUCGCGACUCCAUCGGAGUCCUGUAAGGCGGCCGGCAGACAGCUGGCUGACCUUGACCCGGGCGGGGUCACGGCGGGGUCACGGCUCAGAGAGCGGUGAUUGGUGGAGCAGCAGUGACGGUGACCGGAAGGGUUCGGCCGAAGGUCGCACCAUGGAAAUACUGGGCUGCUCAGUACUCAUGUGAGCUGGCUUGGGCAGCCGUACAGUGCAGCAGCAACGACAACAUCGAGUUGAGCCCCAUAUGACGACCGGUCACACCAGGAGGGUCUCAAAAACACCCAACGAAUUGCAGUAUUGUCUAACCUAAGGCCAGCAGAAGGUACGAGUGGUUUCUUUAUUGUAGUUAAGCAUCUUGUCAGUGACGUGUGUAUGCGCAAGGCUCUCUGAUCUUCCAUCACGUUUUGUGUUAUGGAAGUGAUAUAAUCCCGAAAAUAAUCAUGUUAUCCAGGUUUGGUGUAGUUAUGGCCAGUAGAAAUGGUGGCGUGGCUGCCACUCGCAGCAAUUUUACUAAUA